AUGGCCGCUGACUCCACGGCCGUGUAUAAAACAGCGGUACAGAACAUUCUUACAGGAAGACUCCAGGAAGUUCCAGAACUUCCACGACAAACUGUGAAAAUCUAUGUCUGCUCCAAUUAUUCAGAUUUUGAAGUUGAAAGGACUGCUCUUCUGAAAGACACUUUCCCCACACUCCAACACCACUGUCUGAAAUACGGAUUAGAUCUACAUUGGGUUGAUGUCCAUCAUGGUUGUAAACUUGACCACGCCAAGGACACACACAGCUUUCAGCGCCACCUGGCGACAAUGGAGGAGUGUCAUAGGAAGUCUUCGGGCCCUUUCUUCAUUUGCCUUCUGGGUUCCAAAUAUGGGGACUGUCCUCUUCCAAGUUUUCUGGACGAAGCAGAGUUUACACAUAUUAGAAAUGAAGCAUUUGAGGGGGGAAAAGACAUCCGCCUUCUAGACGACUGGUACAUUAAGGAUGAGUACUCUGUUCCCGUUUUGUAUAAGCUGAAACCUCUGCAAGAUGUCUACAAAAACAUUCAAUUCAGGUCUAGUGGAAAUCAGAGAGAACAUGAGAGGAACAUAGAGGAAUGGUCAGCUACCUACACAGGUCUGUUGGACAUAAUUCAGUAUGGCGCCAAAAUAGCUCACGACGAAGGAAACAUCAACCAGGUUCAUCUCCAGAAACAGGAACGUUUUUUCACCUCGGCUUUUGAACAAGAGGUUACACAAGCUUUGAAACUGGGCUGCAAGGAAGGAGUUUUUAUAUUCAGAAAUAUAGAAGCAAAAGACAUUCAAGCCUGUUUCACUGACCUUGACCUCAACGGAAUCCUGGAAAAGGACAAACAGGAAAGGCUUAGCAAUUUAAAAUGUGAGGUAGACUCGAAGAUUUCAAAUUCAAAUAAAUUCACAUUCACUUUACAAUGUGACUCGAAAGGUAUAUCAAAAGAUAAUUCGGAGCAUGUGGCUUAUCUUGAAAAUUUGACAGCUGCAGUGGCGAUGGGAUUGAGGGAUUUUUUUGAUGAACAUGAAAAGAACAAACUGCAUUUUCCGUCAACGAAAAAAGGUGAACUUUGUCUGGAGACACUGAUACAUUUGCACCAUUGCAAAGAAUUAAUGAAAGUUUACCAUGGAGGUGGCUUGGACUUUCUCUUGUCCAAGAUACAGAUGCUACUAAUGAAUGGAACAAGAAUUGAUCAUCCGCUCAUAAUUGUCAAAGGGGAUGCUGGAUGUGGGAAAUCGCUCUUCCUAUCUAAAAUAUGUUUUCGUGCCAGAGAAUUAUUUGGUAAGGACAUGAUACUUAUAUCAAGAUUCAUAGGGAUAACUCCGAAAUCGAAGGAUAAGCAGCAAAUUCUUAGGGAAAUUUGUGUUCAACUGAAUUUUGUACUUCAGCAGAACAUUUGUUUGGAGGAGUAUGAUGGGUCGCAUCUCACAAAUUACUUUUAUGGUCUUGCAAAUCGUAUUUCAAAAGGUCAGCGUCACCUUGUGCUUGUUCUAGAUGGUGUUGAUAACUUAGAGAGCAACGAUAAGGAAGAAACAAACUAUAUGAUCGACUGGUUUUCAAUAAAGCUACCUCCUAAAGUGCAUCUGAUAAUUUCAUACAGACCAGGCAAAGAUCAUGCUUUUCAAAAACUUGAAGCCAAAACCAAUAAUGCUAUAGACAGUAUGGUGAUCUUUCCAGGUUGGACGCAUGACCGAAUCGAAGAAGCAUUGACUUUUAAUCUCUCCAAGAAUAAGAGAGUAAUGGCCAAAAACAAAGAAAAACUAUUCAUUAAACUUCUUCUAAAAGCCUCACCGUUUGUCAUUCAGAAUGCUCUGAAACUUUUAAAAGACUGGCAUGUGAAUUACAAUUUCAUAAACAAUCACUUUCCAAUUUCAAAUGAGGAAAUAGUUCACAAACAUUUAGACCAGUUGGAGUUUACAUUUGGAACGGAGCUUGUAGAAGCAAUGUGUCGUUAUUUUACCCUAUCAAACUUUGGUUUAAGUGAAUCAGAACUUCUGGACAUAUUAUCUUGCAACAACGAUGUCAUAUUAUCUGUUUUAAGAUAUAGCAAUUCUGAGGUGUUUCGAUUUCCAUGGUUCUUAUGGAUUUAUCUCAAAUCUGAGAUAGGAUUACUUCUGUCUCAGCGUUUCGUCCACAGAAAAAUUGUUUUGUGCUGGUCCCAUGAUUUUGUAGAAGAUAUUGUUCGAAGGAGAUACAUGGCAAAUGUUGAUAGUAUUGGUGGUAUCCAUUCCGAUUUGACGGAAUUAUUUUUGGAGACAUGGACGGAGGGUAAACAGAUGUUGAUACAGGAAAACUCUCUGAUCGAGGACGACAUUCAGAGAUAUGUAUGUCACCAACCUCUCCUGUACAGUGAGACCAAAUAUAACAAUAGGAAGAUAAACGAACUUUGGAUACACCUACUGCAGUUAGGUGACGCAAAGCGGCUAAAGGAACACGCCCUGUGUAACUUUGAGUAUUUGCUUUCAAUGAUUGACUCCUCCUCCAUAAAUACAGUCCUUCAGAACUUCCGAUUAACUUUGUCCAGACUAGUAGAUGCUGAAGUCUUUCUGAUUUACAACUGCCUGCUGAAAUCAUGUCCUGUCCUUGCAAAGCAUCCAACACAAUUAGCUAAUGAACUGAUCGGGUAUCUAAGAGACAUCAAAGAUUUUUACCCUUGUUUUACGGAAUCUCUCGUGACUCAGAGCAUGCAAUGGUGUGACACAUACAAUGAACCCUUGUUCAUUCCUAUGACGUCAUGGCUUCCUAGCCCUCACCUUCCUCUUGUGGCAACAAUGGAUGGUCUAGAUGGAGCAAAUCUCAUCGCACCACUGCACAACAACCAGCAUAUUCUCUGUUCUUACGGUCUUCUUGACAUUGGAAUGUAUCAUGUGCCAUCCAAAAAAUUACUGAAGCUGUUUUCUGGUCACAGAAGUUCUAUUCGGUGCUUGAUAUUGUCAAACAAGGAACAGUUUUGUAUCAGUGGCUCGGAGGAUGGUACAGUUAGAUUUUGGAAAUUUGCUGAAGGUCUUUGUACAAGUGUCAUAAGGGAACACUUGGGCGCUGUUCUUUGUCUGUGCAUGACCCCAGAAGAUGACGUCGUGAUCAGUGGAUCUGAUGACACGACCAUUGUGUUGUCAUCAGUGUCGACAGGAAAGAGAACAGAUGUUCUGAAAGGUCACACAAAAGCAGUGACAGCCCUCAAGCUCAACAGCAAUGCCGAUCUUUUAUCGUCAGCCUCUCGGGACACAAAGAUAAUUGUGUGGUGUAUGAAAGAGAAGACUCAGCUGCUUACUGUGGAUGACAUUCACUCUCCUAUUUCCUGUAUGGAUCUAACGUCUGACAACACGUUUUUGCUAGCAGGCUGCGAGGACGGGAGUUUGAAUGUCAUAUCAUUCACCACAGGUUCCUGGAUUCACCAGCUUAAAGGACAUAAAGGAUGGGUACGAACACUGACGCUGGCUGAUAAUUGUCACCAUGUUUUUGCCGGUUGCCAGGACAACAUGGUUUAUAUGUUCAACUUCAGGACCACAGAACUUAUAGAUAUCUUCCAGGGUCAUAACUCUGCUGUAACGCACGUCAGAAUUUCCAAUGACCAGUCUAUGGUUUUCAGUUCAUCUGAGGGUAAAAUCAAUUUAUGGAGUUUCCUGCCAAAACUGACGAACAACGUAGAAAAUGAUGACCAUACCUGUAUCGUGACAUGUGUAGCCAUCACGACCGACGCCAAAAUUGCUUUGUCAGGAGCCACCGAUGGGGAAAUCAAACUGUGGGAUCUUGAAAUGAACAUUUAUUCUGAGAGUUUUCUGGGGCAUAGUGGUGCCAUUACCUGUAUCGAACCUUCCUCUAGAACUGCCUUUACAGUGACGGCAGCCGAGGACAAGACAAUCAAAGUCUGGAGUAUGACUUUAGCCACAGUCAUUGUUAGCUAUGAGAAACACGAGAACUUUGUAAGACAGAUGAAGAUUCUGGGAGAUGAUAUGAGAAUUGUGUCUUACGAUAUUCUAGGACACUUUCAUCUAUGGCGGGCAGACGAAGGCACGACUUUGAUGACGUUUGACAGACAAGCAUCCACCUUUAUAUUAUCAACAGACUGUCAGUUACUCAUCACUGCUAGGGGAGAUAACUGUGCACGAGUUUGGAAGACUGAUUCAGGAACAUUGGUUACUGGUGUCAGCCAUACAGAAAGAAUCACGUGCCUCUGUUGUGAUAUAAAAGACCGAUUCCUCGUGACUGGUUCUGAAGACAAAUCAUGUAAGGUCUGGGAUCUGACGACUGGAAAACUCACGCAGGUUUUAGUGGAGCAUAGUACCAGUGUUAUAAGAGUGGCUAUUAACAGCGAUGGAAGCGCCGUUAUUUCUGGGGCCAACGAUGGCUGCAUCAUGGUAUGGGAGAUAUCUAGUGGGGAGUGUCGCCACAAACUCAAUUGCCACACAAUGUGCAUCACAGCCCUAAAUUUCCUUUCCAAUGAGCAAUUUGUGAUAUCAUCAUCAAAGGAUGGGACCAUUAGGCUAUGGGAUGUGCAGUUGGGUCUCCACGUGACGAUGAUUGACAUGCAUUUCCCUGUUCUGAACUAUGUAUUGUCAGAAGACUGCUGUAAGAUUGUUGUACAUCUAGAGAACAGUAAACAUGUACCUCUUCUAUGUCUCCAUAAUUGCCCUGAACCGUCCAAUGCACUAAAUUCUCAGCCACAUUUCAGCUAUACUGACAGAAACGAAGAUAUAAGUCCCAUUUUGCCAAUACAUCCGAAAAUUUCAUCGUGUGACAGAUAUUCCAUUGUGUAUCCCAUUCCUCAAAGACCAGAACCACGUGAUUCUGGACCUUCUCCUCUACCGGAAAUAAUUCAACUAUCACCAAUUAGAGCUCCACACAAGACCGUUUUUAAGAAGACAAAUCGGCCUCAAGUCAAAAUCAACAUAAACAGAGAGAAAAGGAGAAGAAAUACCCGUACUCAGGAGUCCGUCCUCUGCAUCAUCAUCUGAGUGUCAAAAAACUAAA